AUGGGCGAACGGGUCGAUGCUGGCGUGCAAGUUCCUCGGAAAACCGCAGCCUCUAUGAUCUGCCCCAAUUCCCCAGAGCCAAGUGGCGCAGGCAGUCAUACUUCGGCACAGCCUAUGCGCUCAUGGCGAGAUUGCACUCGGUGUGCUUUUUUUUGCCCCAUUUAUCAGGGUACACUUUUCCCUAUCACGAUAUGGGUGAUUCUCUCCUUCUUAGGCUCGAUUGAAACAGAGGGACCAUUUGGCUUUCAAUUUUUUGAGACCCAAAAUCUUGACCUCAACACUCACCAAGAUGCCCCAUCUUUGCCUAACCCUCCAUGUUUUCACCAACCAUAUCGAGAUCGAUACGCAUCAAUUUCGAGCGAGGACACGCAAAUCCUGCAACCCGAACCAAAACGACCUCGCCGCAACGUAUUCCAUCCUUCAGACCCUAGCCCCGUAGACUUCGCCUACGUGAGCUCUCCAGAGUCAGCCGUACCAAGUCACCAAAUCCUACCUAGCCAGCGCGACACACAUACUCCCGGUCUCACCUCGCCCUCUCCAACCACUCACGAUCCGCAACCACCAUCCCACUCCCUAUCAUGGGGCUCCGACCCUUCCUUCGGCCCUGAGGGAUACUCUCCACAUCCGGAUACACCUACGCACGACGCAAUGGAGAAUAACUUGACAGAGCUAUACAUGAGUUGGGUCGAUUUCUCAGUUGAGGAGCCGCAAGAUGCAACGGAGGCAGAACGUGCCCAGCCGGAGCUUGAUAAUGUCGGUGGCAGGCGGAGGAGCUUCAGAGAGGAGCGGGGAGACGGUGCAAGGCCGUCAUCCAGGCGAAGGCUGCAGCAUAUCCUCUCUGAGCGGAAUCGGCGGACACAGCAAAGCAAGCUGUAUGACGAGAUAUGUGCGCUUGUGCCGGGUGUUUGUCCGAAGCGGCGGAGAAAGAGUGAGGUGCUGAUGCGGGCAGCGGAGUGGUUGGGAGAGUUGACAGAAGGGAAUCGGAGGUUGAUGGAGCAAUUAGAAUAUCUAAAGGAGGAUGAGAGUGAGAGGAUGUAA